AUGAAGGGUUCCAUCUUCGCGGCUGCGGCCCUGGUGGGCUCUGCCAUGGCCGAUGCUCACCUGCACCGCCGCCAUGAGGCUAUUCACAACCGUCGCGAUGCCUCCAGCUCCGUCGUCGCCUCUUCCUCUCUGGCUCCUGCCCCCGAGGAGACCUGUGGCUGCACCACCAAGGUCAUCACCUACUACGGCUCCCCGACUCUGGUGCCCGUCUCCUCCACCGAGUCGACCACCACCUUGACUAGCACCAUCCACUCUACCAGCACCAGCACUUUCACCGUGACCGUGACUCCCUCCGUUGCUGCUGUCUCCUCCUCCGCGGUUGCCUCGACUUCCACCGAGGUCGUUCUGCCUACCCCCGGUGUGACCAGCUUCUCCUCCACCGGUACCUACACCAUCCCGGCCACCACCCUGACCGUUACCGACACCACCACCGUUUGCGGUGCCACCACCACUGAGGUUGCCAGCGGUACUCACACCAUCGGCGGUGUCACCACCGUUGUCGAGACCGAGACCGUUAUCACUUGCCCCUACGCCACCGUCAAGCCCACUGGCACCACCGUCACCAGCGUCAUCGAGACCACCACCUACACUUGCCCCGCUGCUGGUACUUACACCGUUGUCCCCGGUACCGUUACCUCCGUGCCUACCAGCACUGUGAUCGUCUACCCUACCCCCCAGACCAUCACCCCCGGUACCUACACUCAGACCGAGACCGUUGUCACUGUUACCCGCACUGACUACACCUACGUCUGCCCCUACUCCACCUCCGGCCUGGCCAGCACCACUGCCCCGGCUGCUACUACCGCCGCUGCCACUACUGCUGUCCCCGUUGCCUCCUCCUCCUCCACCAGCUCUGCUGCCGCUGCCACCAGCUCCAGCACCUCCAGCUCUGGUGUCACCGGUGCCGGCCAGUAUGGUAUGACCUUCUCCCCUUACACCUCCAGCGGUGCUUGCAUGUCCCAGUCCGAGGUCACCUCCAACCUCAAGGUCAUCAAGGACAAGGGCUUCAACCUGGUCCGUGUCUACUCCACUGACUGCAACGGUCUCGAGUACAUUGGCUCUGCCUGCAAGGAGCUUGGCAUGAACAUCAUCAUGGGUGUCUACAUUGACAGCACCGGUACCUCCGGCGCUCAGGACCAGGUUGACGCUAUUGCCAAGUGGGCUGAGUGGGACAUGGUCGAGCUGAUCGUUGUCGGUAACGAGGCCGUCUCCUCCGGCUACUGCUCUGCUUCCCAGCUUGCCAGCUUCAUCACCUCCUGCAAGUCCACCUUCCAGGCUGCCGGUUACACUGGCAAGGUCACCACCACCGAGCCCAUUGACGUCUGGGAGCAGUACGGUACUUCCACCCUCUGCAGCCCCGUCGACAUUGUCGGUGCCAACAUCCACCCCUUCUUCAACUCUCAGGUGACCGCCGCCAAGGCCGGUGAGUUCGCCCUCUCCGAGUACAAGAUUCUCGAGGGUCUUUGCAACAAGGACGUUGUCAACUUGGAGACUGGCUGGCCCAACGCUGGUGAUGCCAACGGUGACGCCGUUCCCGGUGUUGCCGAGCAGGAGACUGCCAUCAAGUCGAUUGUUGCUGCUCUCGGCUCCAAGUCCAUCUUCUUCUCCUACGCCGAUGAUGACUGGAAGUCCCCCGGUCAGUUCAACGUUGAGCAGCACUGGGGCUGCGCUUCCGUCUUCUAA